CUACAUAAGAAACAGCUCAACCGCAAUGCCUCCAUGAUACGAACAGUAAAAAGGAGUAACUGGCACAGCGAACCAGAUUUACUGGACUAAGGAUAUUGUGGGAGACUUUUAGUAGCUGUUGUUAGCUUGAGAGGGCAUGAAAACUAAAAAGUAAUGGGUGGAGGUUUCAGAUGAACUGGAAGCAACUGACAGGAGACUCCACUCAUAGGUGGAGUCUGAAUUCUUCCAAUUGUUCCCCUGGAAACUUGGUGAAGGCUCACAACAGCCACAAAGAGACAAAGUGAACCACUGUUCCUCUGGACUUUUUCUUCUAGCUUCUACAUGACAUAAUCUGCUAGCCUGAACUACAGCAAGCCCAGAUGGAGAGGAGCAUUCGAGAUACUGAAAGGCAGGAAGUGUCUAAGGCACAGAAGAAUCCUCUCACCGGGCCACACCACAGCCCCUGACGAGAUAUUGCAAGGCAGACGGUCUGAGCGUAGAGAGCCUGACAAAACCCAGCAGGGCGAGGAUGGCCACAGAAGACAUGCAGCGACAGUUCCCGAAGAUGUCCUUCAGCGAGGUGGACGAUCGGAUGAAGAGGCUGGCGGAGAAGGUGAUGGCCUCGGCCCUGAAGGAGGAGAACACCAAGGACCUCAUGUCCAUGUUCACCGUGCCCGAGGACUGCCCUAUCGGACUGCAUCAGGCCAAAGAACAUGAGCUACUCAAGGAGAUAGCAGAGGAGCACUCUGCAGAGAGUAUCAAAAGGAAGAAGAGCUUUAAGAUGAUGCGCUCCCAGUCGAUAUCACUCCAGGCCCCAGGUAUGGCUGACUGGGCCAUGUCUGUGAUCUCCCCUAUAGUCCCCCCUGAAAAACACACUGACAACAUCCCAGAGUUCCAGAGAAUGACCAUCAGUGGAGACCACUGCGCAGGGAUAACAGUUGAGGACUAUGAGCAGGCAGCAACAAGCCUGCUGAAAGCUUUAUUCAUCCGAGAGAAAUAUUCACGUCUGGCAUAUCACCGCUUCCCAAGAAUCACUGCCAAAUUCCUCCGAAGUGCAAAUAAUGAGACAUGGAAUGAGGAAGAUGAGAUUAUUCCAGAUAUCCUUCCCUAUGUUACGGAUGGCCAGGAUCCAUACAGCAUGGAGGACAUCCCACAGAACCUGGGCUACAUCCUGAAGAUGAAGGACGGCAUCAUACACGUUUACGAUGACGAAGAGGCCGUAACGCAGGAGAAGCCGCACGGUUUGCCUUAUCCCGACAUGGAGACGUUCACCAUUGACAUGACCCAUGUCCUGGCCAUGAUCGGAGACGGACCAACAAAGACCUACUGCCACAAACGGCUGAACUUUCUCAUGUCUAAGUUCCACCUACACGAAAUGCUGAAUGAGAUGGCAGAGCUGAAGGAACUAAAGAGCGUUCCUCACAGAGACUUCUACAACGUCAGAAAGGUAGACACCCACAUCCACGCAGCUGCCUGCAUGAACCAGAAGCACCUUCUGAAGUUCAUCCAGGACACCUGCAAUGCAGAGGCCGAUCGGGUGGUGAUGGAGAAGAACGGGAAGAAGCUCACGCUCAGACAGGUUUUCGAGAACCUCCACAUGGACCCGUACGACCUCACGGUGGACUCCCUGGACGUGCACGCUGGUAGGCAAACUUUUCAUCGAUUUGACAAGUUCAACUCUAAAUACAACCCAGUGGGUGCGAGUGAGCUUCGUGAGAUCUACCUCAAAACUGACAACUACAUUCAUGGAGAGUACUUCGCACGUCUUAUAAAGGAGGUGGCUCAAAAUCUGGAGGAGAGUAAAUACCAGUAUGCAGAACCCCGCCUUUCCAUCUAUGGCCGUGCCCCUGAUGAAUGGGACUGCCUAUCAAAAUGGUUCAUCCAGCAAAAGGUGUACUCCCCCAAUUUAAGAUGGAUUAUACAAGUGCCAAGGAUCUAUGACAUUUUUAGAUCAAAGAAAAUAAUUCCCAACUUUGCAAAGAUGCUGGAAAACAUCUUCCUCCCUCUGUUUGAGGCUACCGUUAACCCCCAGAAGCACAAAGAAAUGCAUGUUUUCCUGAAAUAUGUGACGGGCUUUGACAGCGUGGACGACGAGUCCAAACACAGCGAUCACAUGUUCACCUAUAAGAGCCCCAAGCCUGAGGAAUGGACCCUGGAUGAGAACCCUCCAUACAGUUACUACCUCUUCCACAUGUAUGCCAACAUCAUGGUACUCAACAACCUGCGCAAGGAACGUGGCCUCAACACCUUCCAGUUACGCCCCCACUGUGGGGAGGCGGGGUCCAUCACCCACCUGGUGUCCGCCUUUCUCAGUGCAGACAACAUCUCCCACGGCCUCAAUCUGAAAAAGAGUCCUGUGCUGCAGUACCUAUAUUACCUGGGCCAGGUGCCCAUUGCAAUGUCACCUCUUAGCAACAACAGCCUGUUCCUGGAGUACUCCAAGAGUCCCCUGCGAGAGUUCCUGCACAAAGGCUUGUGUGUGUCGCUCUCCACCGACGACCCCAUGCAGUUCCACUACACCAAAGAGGCACUAAUGGAGGAAUACGCUAUCGCGGCACAGCUGUGGAAACUCAGCACUUGUGAUGUCUGUGAGAUCGCCAGAAACAGUGUCCUCCAAAGUGGUCUCUCACAUCAGGAAAAGAAACACUUCUUAGGGGACAACUAUCUAGAGGACGGACCAGAAGGGAACGACAUUCGGCGGACGAACGUGGCCCAGAUCCGCAUGGCCUUCAGGCACGAGACCCAUUGCAACGAGCUCAGCCUCCUUAUGGACGCGGUGAAGCGCGAGUGCACUGCAGGGCAUGCCGAGUGAAAGGAGGACGAGUGCAGCGUGCCCGUGGAGCCCUGGCGCAGGACUGACUACUGAGCCCACCCACACGGAACAGUCACAUUCAACAGAAAGGGUCGAUAUUCAUUGGGGGGAGCCGGGGGUGUUAGGUACAUUGUAUUCUUGGUUUCUUAGGAGCAUUUUUUUCUUGUGUUGGUGAUUUUUAUUAAAACCUUCCUGGUUUGUAUGGAACAGGAGAGUGGAGAGCGCAGACUCGAUUCCUGCCUUUUUGAACAUGCUUUCCUUGACUAUGUGUGAAAAUUAUUGUUUUCUGAUAGCGUCCAUAGGAAUCUGAAAACUUUACAACUGCAAGACAAAAUAAAUAAAUAAAGCAUUUUUAAAUGAA